AUGAAGCGCGAGUCGUAUGCACUACAGUCGCCGAUCCCCUUGUACGUUGUUCCGGGCACCCGUCGGCCACCUUUUGGACUGCGCAAACGGUUGCUAGCCGAGCACGACCAGCUGAAAGGUGUGGGUGGCUCAGCAAGCCGGGUCUCUCGGGCGGCGAAUACGGGCACGGAGAGGGCCGGCGCACUCGUGACACCGGAUGGGGCAGUAUCGAUGCCAUAUCUGAACGAUAUGAAUUAA